GCAAAAUGUACACGGUGACAACUUUUUCCGGACGGAGGGAGUACACUCUUGUAAUCAUUAGAUUCAUUCAAAUAAUGGUACUCCCUCCGUCCCGAAAAACAUGUCGCGAUGGCAUUUUUACAAAAAAAACCCUCUCGUUUCUUCCGACCAAACCCGCGCUCCACGUCCUCCUCCUCCGACAGAAGCAGCAGCUGCGCUGCUCUCCGCCGCCGCAGCUUUGCUGCUCCCCGCCACCGCAGCUCCCCUUCUCCCCGGCGCCGCAGCUCCCCUGCUCUCCCGCUCUCCCGCCGCAGCUGCCUCUUGCUCCGCCGCUGCAGCUGGCGCUCGCCUGCCUCCCCAAGCUCCCCCCUUCCUCAAAAAAAUCUCCGAUUUCCACAGCUACCGCCGCGCUCUGCUUCGGCUGCGUCGGAACCGCCGUCGAAGAGCCCGGAGGCGCCGGAUACGGACCACCACCAACAACCUAAAGGCCGACGAGCAGCCGGGUGUCGUCCUCGCCGUCGACGACGACGGUGCCGCCGACGCCGCGAAGCGAGGGCGAGAUCCUCCAGUCGGCCAACGUCAAGAGCUUGCGGGCCUCCUCGCCGCCCCUACCUCGUCGCGGGCUCGCCACACCGCAGCUCGGCCUCAGCUCCAGCCACCGCUGUCCCUGCGACGUCUCGCUGACCGUCGCCGCCGCCGCGUCACCGGACGUCGAGAAGGAGCCCUUCCAGCGCUUCGACGCCGCGGAUAUUCGAGACCCACAGGUGCAUCAAGAACUGCAGCAGAUUUGAUGGAGCACCUAUGGAGGAUCAAGGGCGACGCUUAGUUGGACGUGUGAUGAAAUAUGAGUUUCUAUUGUUGAACUAUAUAAUUUGUAUUGAACUAUUUGUUGUUGAAUUAUUUUGUUGAACUAUUUGUUUUCUAUUGAUUUU